CUUACCAAUCUAUCUUGUUUAUCAAACUAGCUUGUAUCAUUCAUUAUUUGUUUCCAAUCAAGUCUUUUCAAUUAAGCAUCAUGGGUGUGUUCACAUUUGAGGACGAAACCACUUCCCCUGUGGCUCCUGCUAAGCUUUUCAAAGCUCUUGUUAAAGAUGCUGAUGAAAUCCUCCCAAAGGCUGUUGAUGCCAUCCAGAGUGUUGAAACUGUUGAGGGAAAUGGUGGCCCUGGAACCAUCAAGAAACUCACUGUUAAUGAGGGUGGGAAAAGCAACUAUGUGUUGAACAAGAUUGAAGCAAUAGAUGAGGCUAACUUGGUAUAUAACUACAGUUUAGUUGGGGGCUCAGAGUUCCCAGAGAAUGUGGAGAAGAUCACAUUUGAGUCCAAAUUGGUUGAUGGACCCAAUGGAGGGUCAAUUGGGAAGCUGAAAGUGAAGUAUCAUAGCAAGGGAAAUGCUGAGCCAAAUGAAGCUGAGGUUAAGGAAGGAAAGGCCAGGGGUGAUGCACUUUUCAAGGCCAUUGAAGGUUAUGUUUUGAACCAUCCUGAAUACAACUGAUCAAGUCUAUAUUUAUCACUACUGAAGAGCUCGGUCAUGCAGAGUUUUGUUCCUUCUGAUCCAUAAGUUGUCUUAUAAUGUAAUAAUUGUGAGACUCGAUGUCUUUGUAUCUCACUUCAACAAUAAAUCAAUACAAAUAAAAGCACUGUUUCCGAUGUCAAA